AUGUCAAGUGUUUCCUACAGCACUCGUCUAGCCGAUUUUUUUCGUAGUUACAUUCCAUUACAAAGAAAAUCAAAUUCAAUUCGUACAGGUUAUGCUGCUGCUUAUCCACAAGUAAAACGAUAUCAUCGUCAACAAUCAAAUCUAUUUUCAUGUAUUCCAUUAUUUUACAAAUCAAAGAAAAAUUCUUCAAUUAAAGGAUGUCCAAGUUUUGCUCGAUUCGGUACAUAUCAAGAAGGUGAUAUUGAAGAUGAUUGUUGA